AUGAGGUCCUCGCUGGUGCUGCUGUUCCUGGCAGCCAUCGUUCUCGCCGAGGGAUCGAACCGAGUGAAGCGACAGGAAGAUAAGAAGGAAGAGAGCUUCGAGAGCGAGAUCUGCAAGGACAAGGAUGCAGGCGAGUGGUUCAGAUUAGUGGCAGGAGAGGGUGACAACUGUCGCGACGUGAUCCAGUGCACCAGCUCGGGCCUGCAGGCCAUCAGGUGUCCCGCGGGGCUGUACUUCGACAUCGACAAGCAGACCUGCGACUGGAAGGACUCGGUGAAUAACUGCAAGCUGAAGAACAAGGAAAGGAAGGCCAAGCCGCUGCUCUACACCGAGGAGCCGCUCUGCCAAGAUGGCUUCCUCGCUUGCGGCGACGGCUCUUGCAUCGAGAGAGGCCUCUUCUGUAACGGGGAGAAGGAUUGCGCCGAUGGGUCUGACGAAAACAUUUGCGACAUGGACAACGACCCGAACAGAGCGCCACCCUGCGACCCUGUCGUGUGCGUGCUCCCUGACUGCUUCUGCUCAGAGGACGGCACAUUGAUCCCGGGCGACCUGCCGGGCAAGGACGUGCCUCAGAUGAUCACGAUCACGUUCGAUGACGCCAUCAACAACAAUAACAUCGGCCUGUACAAAGAGAUCUUCAACGGGAAACGCAAGAACCCGAACAGUUGCGAGAUCAAGGCCACCUUCUUCGUCUCCCACAAGUACACCAACUACUCGGCUGUCCAGGAAAUGCACAGGAAAGGACACGAGAUCGCCGUUCACUCUAUCUCUCACAACGACGACGAACGCUUCUGGUCAGACGCCACGGUGGACGACUGGGCGAAGGAGAUGGCCGGCAUGAGGAUCAUCGCCGAGAAGUUCGCCAACUUGACAGACAACAGCGUGGUCGGCGUGAGAGCGCCCUACCUGAGAGUCGGCGGCAACAAUCAGUUCACGAUGAUGGAGGAACAGGCGUUCCUCUACGACUCUACCAUCACUGCGGCCUUGAACAACCCACCUCUGUGGCCUUACACGAUGUACUUCAGAAUGCCUCACCGUUGCCACGGGAACCUUCAGCACUGUCCCACGAGGUCUCACGCCGUCUGGGAGAUGGUGAUGAACGAGCUGGACCGGCGCGAGGACCCGCAGAACGACGAGUACCUGCCAGGCUGCGCCAUGGUGGACUCGUGCAGCAACAUCCUGACAGGGGACCAAUUCUACAACUUCCUGAACCACAACUUCGACCGCCAUUACGAGCAGAAUCGCGCCCCACUGGGUCUCUACUUCCACGCUGCCUGGCUGAAGAACAACCCCGAGUUCCUUGACGCGUUCCUCUACUGGAUCGACGAGAUCCUGGCUAAUCACAACGACGUCUACUUCGUGACGAUGACCCAGGUGAUCCAAUGGAUCCAGAACCCACGCACGAUAACGGAGUCGAAGAGCUUCGAGCCCUGGAAGGAGAAGUGCGUGGUUGACGGACCUCCGGCUUGCUGGGUGCCUCACACCUGCAAGCUCACCUCGAAAGAGGUGCCUGGAGAGACCAUUAACCUCCAGUCCUGCGUACGUUGCCCUAACAACUACCCAUGGGUGAACGAUCCAACCGGUGACGGGUUCUUCUAGGCCCAGAGUCGCGUUCCUCCUUCUCGUCUAAGUCAAACCCUAUGAUUCUCCUCUUGCCUUGUCGUCUUGGGCGUUCACCUUUCACCCUCUCUCCCCUCUCUCUGUCUAUCUUCUUCCCUGCUCGUCCUGCAAUUGGUCGAUCAGCCUUCGCGAGUUUCACGGUGGACCCGGGGUCGUCGGUUUCGAUCGGGAGCGUUGACAGCGGCUAGCUCCUUCGCGGUACAGGGUAGCCGAUUCGACGGGAGAACGGAGCCCUUGGCAGCUUUUCGAAUAGCUGAGAACUUGGACCAGGAGGAGAGAAGCCUGGAAAACACGAUUGUCGACGAAAACGAGGAUUCUGCUGAUCGGUUCGCCGACGAACACCGUCCAUCACGUCACCAACGAUCUGUGAUAAGUUUCGAGUAGCUCGAGGACGCGACGACGACGAGACAGCCACCUUCUUUUCUCUUCUCUUUCUCUCUCUCUCUCUCUCUCUCGCUAUCUUUUCCUCUCUGUCUCUCUCUUUCCCCAGCCCACGACGAUUUCUCCCUGGCCCCUGGAACCUGACCUGGAGAGAAACGACGCGAUCGCAACGCGACGGAACGGAAGAAGCAAAAAGAAAAUGGAAAACGGUAAUGAAAGGUCCGGAUUCUAUCGUGUGUAAUAUAAACGCGUGUGCCAGCCUGUCCCUGAGAGAAACGAAUCCCUGGCACCUCGACAGAGGACACGACGGAUUUGGCUGGAAGGUCGGGCUGCGGAAAAUCGACGAUCCCUCAGCGACCGCCAAAACACUCCCCUGUCACAGAGGGCGGA